GAGUACCUUGACGACCAAGGCAACGAGAAAAUUGUGGCUAUUCUUAUUCUAUUAGUAGCAUUAGCCUCUAAUGUGCCCCUGGAGAGACUUGGGGGUCACAUCUCCUGCGAAGCCAUGAAAGCUACUUCUACAUCCCUGAAUUCGAAAAGGAGUUUGCUGCGUCCCCUACAUGUAUAUAUAGAAAGAAUCCACCUUGGCCCUCUUCCACCUGAAGUUCUCAAAUCUUUCCAAUUCGCACUAAGCAACGAGGAAGAUAUUUACAUGGCCCCUUCUUCAAAAUGCCUCUUCAUGCUUUUGCUGUCCCUAUCCCCACUACUGGUGAUGGCGAAUUCAUCUCCUCCUGCCGAGCAUCCACUGUGCGGUGAUCAUGAGAAGCUAGCCUUGUUGCAGUUCAAGCAAAGCUUUGCUAUUGAAACUUCUGAAUUUUGUGACUUCUCGAGAGUAGAAUCAUGGGGCUCAGAGAAGAGCAGAGAUUGCUGCUCGUGGGGCGGGGUCCACUGUGACGAGGAUACUGGCCAUGUGGUUGGCCUUGAUCUCAGUUCCGGUUGCCUCUUUGGUUCUCUCAGUCCAAACAGCACCCUCUUCAGCCUUGUGCACCUCCAAGAACUUAAUCUAGCUAAGAACCACUUCAAUUUCUCCGAAAUCCCAUCCUCGCUUGCCCGUUUGACAAAGCUGAAGUACCUCAACUUCUCAAAAUCCUUCUUCUCGGGGCAAAUCCCACGAGAGAUAUCCAUGCUCUCAGACUUGAGGUCUCUUGAUUUGUCCGUGGACAAUGUCUCGUCUGUUGAACAUCCGUCGGAAUUGAGUGGUCCUGUUUUCAAGUGCCUAAUUCAGAACCUGAGUAGACUAGAGGAACUUCACCUUGGUUGGCUCACCAUAAAUUCUGCGAUUCCUCAUCUAAUGGCAAACUUGUCUUCUUUGAGAUCACUCCUUCUGACAGAUUGUGGGUUACAUGGGGAUCUCCCGGAGAGGGUUUUUCAUCUAACGAAUUUGCAUUUUCUCGAUGCCCGAUAUAACCAGGACCUCACAGGCCAUUUCCCUGAAUUCCCUAGCGGAAGUCCACUCCGGUCUUUGAAGGUAACAGGAACUAGUCUUUCAGGCCAGUUGCCGGGCUCGAUUGGAGCUCUGAAUCUUUUAGGUGAGCUAUCCAUCAAAGAUUGCCGUUUCUCAGGCUCUGUUCCAUCUUCGAUUACCAAUCUCACUCAGCUGGUGGUCCUAGACCUCUCAAACAAUACCCUGAGUGGCCGAAUCCCUUCUUUGGAAAACCUCACCGAGCUCACUUAUUUGACCCUUGACACCAAUAACUUUACCAGUGGGAGCUUCCAAUGGAUAGGGAGGCUAACCAGACUAACUACUUUGGAUCUCAGUGGUAUCGCCCUAAACAGCGAAAUUCCGUCUUCUUUUGCAAAUCUAAGCCGAAUUUCUUACUUAGGCCUAGGCUUCUGUCAUUUACGGGGUCACAUUCCGCCAUGGCUGAUGAAUUUGACACACUUGACUGGGUUGCAGCUCUUAUUCAAUGAUUUGGAAGGUCCAAUCCCAACCUCGCUUUCCAGACUUGUAAAUCUCAGGUAUCUCAACCUUUACUCGAAUAUGUUGAAUGGAACGCUAUCCUUAGAUACACUCACUCACCUCAAACAACUGAGCAUCCUGCAUCUUUCGGGCAAUGAUAUCAUGCUCUUGCACAAUAGUGCCAAUGCUACACUGAGCAAGCUGACUGUCUUGGGAUUGUCGAAGUGCAACUUAAACAGGUUCCCCAAUUUUUUACGGAGCCAAGACAAGCUAGAGUGGAUGGACUUAUCGUACAAUGGCAUAAGCGGUCAGGUGCCUCGAUGGUUCUUAAGCAUAAGUAGAGGAACCCUACAGUAUCUGAAUAUUUCUCAUAAUCGUCUCACGGAAUUUGAACAGCAAUCAAGGUUCUUCCCUUGGACUAGGCUGCACACUAUAGACCUCAGAUUUAAUAUGUUUCGAGGGCCGGUCCUGAUUCCACCUGCAUCCAGCCUCUACUUUUUACUCUCAAACAACAAAUUUAUGGGGGAGGUACCGCCAAUGAUCUGCAACUUGGAAUCCCUAGUUGCGCUUGAUUUGUCUUAUAACAGAUUAAGCGGCAUGCUUCCAACGUGUCUGGGCAACAUCAGCGGUUCUCUUUCAAUACUGAAUCUUAGGAGCAACAACUUUCAGGGUCCCAUUCCUCGAAAUUGGACGAAUGCAAGAAGCCUAAAGAUGGUUGAUCUGAGUCAAAAUAGACUCGAGGGGCAGGUACCCAGAUCAUUAGCAAGUUGCGAAAUGCUGGAGUUUCUGGAUCUCGGAGACAAUCUGGUCAAUGAUACUUUCCCUUCUUGGAUGGGAACUAGUCCUAGAUUGAGCAUUCUCAUCCUGCGAUCAAAUGCAUUCCACGGUCCAAUUGGAAAGCCUAAAACCAAGUCUGAUUUCCCUAAGCUCCGUAUCAUUGAUCUCUCGCACAACCAGUUUACAGGAGGGUUACCAUCUGAAUACUUCCAACUUUGGGAAGCCAUGAAAUUAUCUGACAAAAAACUACUUGCUUAUAUGCAACAAAGUCUCAUGCCCACCACCGUGCCCAUAUACACGUACUAUGGCGAUUAUGACUACUCCUUGUCGAUGAACAACAAGGGCAUACAAAUGGUAUACAUGAAGAUUUUGGAUGUUUUGACGGCCAUUGAUUUGUCCGCAAACCAAUUUGAAGGAGAGGUUCCUGAAACCAUCGGGAAUCUCAUAGGACUUCACGCUCUUAACCUCUCUCACAAUGUGCUCACAGGUCAAAUCCCAUCUUCGUUGGGGAACAUCGAAGUACUCGAAUCGCUGGAUCUGUCUCAGAACAAGCUGACAGGGCGAAUCCCGCAGCAGCUGACUCAGCUCAAUUUCCUCGCCCUGUUUAAUGUGUCUUAUAACUUGCUUUCAGGACCUAUACCAAAAGGAGGGCAAUUCAAUACGUUCCUCAAUAAUUCAUAUUUAGAGAAUUCGGGGCUUUGUGGGAGUCCGUUAUCAAAGGAAUGCGGAGAUCCGGCCUCAGCGCCACCAACUAAAGAAGAUGAAGAUUCAAGGUUUUUGCGUGGUCUUAGUUGGCAAGCAGUUGUCAUAGGAUAUGGAACUGGCCUAUGCGUUGGACUAGUUACUGGCCUCGCCUUUGACAGACGAAACCCGAGAAGCCUGUUCAUGCUACUCAAAUUCAAGGUACAACAUAACUGGGAAAUUUAUCGUCGGAGGAUCUGUUUUGAUUCCGGUUUGUAUUGAUAUAAUGAGAACGUAGACUUUUGCUCAGUAUGAUGCUUUUAUUUAUUAGAGAAUAAAAGAGUGAUGCAGUUUAUAUCAAUGGACAGGUUCACCUUGUGAACUAUUUUAACUCUC